AACAGUAGGACUCCAACUGCGCGCGCAAAAGAGCCGGACCGGCGGGUACCCGUUUCCACCGUGUGCGCCUCUCGAGAGGCAGAGAGGGCUACGGGCGCGCGCUGCCGGGAGCUUCCCGAGCUCUUCCGAGGCUUCCAGAUCAUUAGAUGGGGCUGAGACGGAGCGGCGUCCACUGAGGAGAAGGCGGCUGAGGGUGUGUGUGCGAGCAAAAGGAAAGGCGAGGCCAGUCAGCGAACCGAGCCAACCAACCAAGGACUGCCUUGCCGCAAUGCAGCAAGUUUUGGAUAAUCUUACUGAUUUACCCUCAUCAGGAGCUGAAGAAAUAGACCUUAUUUUUUUGAAAGGAAUUAUGGAGAAUCCUAUUGUAAAAUCACUUGCUAAGGCUCAUGAACGACUGGAAGAUUCUAAACUUGAAGCUGUGAGUGAUAACAAUCUGGAGUUGGUCAAUGAUAUUCUUGAAGAUAUCAGUCCAUUAAUAAACAGAGAUGAAAAUAUUGCAGAAUUGGUUGGUAUACUAAAGGAGCCACACUUUCUGUCACUCUUAGAAGCUCAUGAUAUUGUGGCAUCAAAGUGUUAUGAGUCUCCUCCCUCUAGUCCAGAAAUAAAUAAUGCUUCAGUGAACAAUCAGAUAGUACCAGUAGAUGCUAUUCGUAUACUUGGCAUUCAUAAAAGAGCAGGAGAACCCCUGGGUGUGACAUUUAGGGUGGAGAAUAAUGACCUGGUGAUUGCAAGAAUCCUUCACGGAGGAAUGAUAGACCGACAGGGUCUCCUACAUGUAGGUGAUAUCAUUAAAGAGGUUAAUGGACAUGAAGUUGGAAACAAUCCAAAAGAACUGCAAGAACUCCUGAAGAGUAUUAGUGGUAGUGUAACUCUGAAGAUUCUUCCUAGCUACAGAGAUAAUAUUGUUCCCCAACAGGUAUUUGUGAAGUGUCAUUUUGAUUAUAAUCCAUUCAAUGAUAAUCUGAUUCCAUGCAAAGAAGCUGGUCUUAAAUUUUCCAAGGGAGAAAUUCUUCAGAUUGUAAAUCGAGAAGACCCAAACUGGUGGCAGGCUAGCCAUGUCAAAGAAGGAGGAAGUGCAGGACUUAUUCCUAGCCAAUUCUUGGAAGAAAAGAGGAAAGCAUUUGUUAGACGGGACUGGGACAAUUCAAGUCCUUUCUGUGGAACAAUAAAUAGUAAAAAGAAGAAGAAAAUGAUGUAUCUCACAACUAGAAAUGCAGAAUUUGACCGACAUGAAAUUCAGAUAUAUGAGGAAGUAGCAAAAAUGCCUCCAUUUCAAAGAAAAACACUGGUCUUAAUAGGAGCCCAAGGAGUUGGCCGAAGAAGUCUGAAAAACAGAUUUAUUGUACUGAAUCCCACAAAGUUUGGAACCACAGUACCAUUUACAUCACGGAAACCGAGGGAUGAUGAGAAAGAUGGACAAGCAUACCGGUUUGUGUCGCGAAGUGAAAUGGAGGCAGAUAUUAAAGCAGGAAGAUACCUAGAACAUGGGGAAUAUGAAGGAAACCUUUAUGGCACCAAAAUAGAUUCUAUCAUUGAAGUGGUUCAGACUGGAAGAACAUGUAUCUUGGAUGUGAAUCCACAGGCACUUAAAGUGUUGCGGACAUCAGAGUUUAUGCCCUACGUAGUUUUUAUUGCUGCUCCAGAACUUGAAACACUGCGUGCAAUGCACAAAGCUGUGGUUGAUGCAGGAAUUACAACCAAGCUUCUAACAGAUACUGAUUUGAAGAAAACUGUUGAUGAGAGUGCACGGAUCCAGAGAGCUUAUAGUCACUACUUUGAUCUGAUUAUUGUGAAUGACAACUUAGACAAAGCUUUUGAGAAGUUGCAAACUGCUACAGAGAAAUUGAGGAUGGAAUCACAGUGGGUCCCCAUUAGCUGGGUAUACUAACAGUUCUUUUGAAGAUGAUAUAAGCAUCAUACUAUGUUAGUUGAAACAAACACUAUACUAAGAAAAUAUUGUACAGUGGUGCCAGAUACUUGGCAGGACCCGAUACGUUUUUAUUCUGUGUAUAUUAAAAUAAUGGUACGCUAGUCAAAUUUUUUAUACAAAAUGUUGAAGGGAAAGUGUACUUAAUAUGUAAUUUAUUUUAAUUUUUCUAACUUUUUACAAAUAACCUUUUUAUUCAUACCACAUGAAGGAAAUGCGUUGAAGCAUUUUUAUAAAUGUUUUGAUUUACUACUUUGCCUUUACUCAUCUAAAGAACUUUCCAGUCACUCACUUAAACAUUUGAUCUUACAUUUUCACUGUGAUAAGGAGAAAAAUACUUGAAAAGGUUUUUGUAAAACUGUUUUAAAUCAAAUGUUUCAUCUGAUCAGUUUUUAUUUAUAUCUAAUCCUUGUCCUAAUAAGCAUUAUCUUGACAUGAGCAGAAUUUUCAAUACUUAAGAAGCAACCAGCACUGAGCCGUGUUACUGACAUGUGUUUGCUUAAUGUUUAUCCAUGUUUUGCAGUUGUCUUGUCUUAGACAGAUGUACUGUAGACUUUUCUGUACGUUCCCUUUUUACAUAAAUGUAAAAGCAAUAUCUUGAACUUUCCCUAAGAAUCUUCUUUUAAAAAGCCAACAUUACAACCCAUACAAUAAGUAUUACUUUCUCAAAGAAUUCUUAUAAUGUAAAUUCAUUGUGUUUGAGAUCAUGGUGAAGUAGCCUGAAAGAGCCUUAUGCUACAGAGUCUUAGUCAAGGGCUCAGCAUGUAGGAUGUAUGUUCUUAGUUGUGGAAAACUCAUAGCUUAGAGGAACAAAAUCUGCUUUUUUUUUUAUUACAGCCUUGCUCUGUAUUUGUAUAUUGUCCUAUGACUGGCCUUUAGUUUAUACCAGAGUAUUUAUGAGUGGUUUUGUGUGUUAUAAAAUGUGAUGUGAUGGGACUUUUGAGCUGUUACUUUGUGUUACCUGGCUUUAUUCACCAAAUAGAGUGUGAAACUAAAAUUAUUGUCAAAUGCUAAAAUUCAGUGUUAUUUAUCAAUGAAUUUAUUUUUGUUUUGCAUUCAUGUUUUACAAUGUUCAUUAAUAACUUCCUUUAGUAGAUAAGUUAAUUCAUUCUCUUAGGUUCAUACUUACUGAUCACAUAAACACUUUUCUGAUACAUAUUCUGUUGCAUGGAUAUAGAUAUGGAUGAUCACUAAGAGGGAAUAAUUGAUGAUCAUAGUUUAUAUUAUACCUGCUAUUAUAAAUAGAGCCAUCCAUUGCUGACAUGCAGAGGGCCAGAGAUGGUUAUCAUCUGCUCACUUCAUUUAUUUUGCCAUACAAGUACGGCCACUAGGAUUUCAGAGCUUAUUUUCAAUACCAAAGUAUCAUACGUAAGAUGCCAACAAUGAAGAAUUAUUGGAAAAGGCUGAAACAGUGCAAACUAGCUUUUAAUUAUUUUGGCUUUUAAGAUGCACAAGGAAACAGGGUUUCGAUAGUUUUUAGUUUAUAUAGAGAAAUGAUGACACCAAAAAGGUAUUGUAAAUAAAAAACCUUUACGGUAUUUUUUUAAAGACUUAAGUAUAUUUUGUAAAUGUCAUGCAAAUUAUUGCAUACAGUAUCUGUGUCUUAAUUGCUGUUGGUAUUUAGAAUUUAGCUUUUAACAAUAUGAAAUACUUUAGAUAAACUUAUUUCUGUUACAUUAAUUGUGUAGAUAGGCUGAUGUUAAGUAUUUAAAAAAAUAGGUAUAUCUGAGUCUGGAAAAUUUUUAUGCCAGUACCCAAAAUGACACUUUUAGUCUGUAAUUUCAGUGUCAUUGUAGGAUUAGGAAGUAGAGUACAGUGUAGAAAUUAGUAUACUUUUAUUGCAUUAAAAAAAUUGUUUGGAGAUUGAGUGGGAGACAUUACUGAACCCUCAACUCAUACCCCGUUUCCCAUUCCUUUAUUUUCUAGUACUUCAUUAGACAACGUUCCAGUUGGUUUGUUGCUACUGCUCUUUGCUAGAUAAAGGUUUGAGCUGAUUUUAAGUACCUUGAUUAAAGUUCUGUUCAGAUUCCAGCUGACCUGUCUUUAGAAAGAAAUAAAGUGUCCUCAAGCAGAAUACUCACUUAAUCUACUCCAUUCCUCUUUUGCUUCUAGCCCAAUUGAUUUGUAUUAUCCAGUCUGAUUGGAAAGCAGAAGGGUUUUCAAAUUGGCCUUAGUUCAAGGAAAGCUUAGUAAGUAAUUAAAGGAAUUUGAUUUUGGUCUUAAUGCUCAGAAACUCCCUGCUGCCCAAAGCAGGAAGAAGAAAAAGAGAACAUCAAUAGUUGUCUUAAUGGCUUUCUAAAGAGCUUGUUAAAAGUAGGAAAUUGGUCCAGAAACAUUUUAUAUUCUCUCUGGGCAAGACUUUUUAUGCUGGUACCCCUAGAAGAUCUUGGGAGAACUGCUUAAAUUAUGUCCUUAUCACAGAAUUCAGCCUUGGUAUUAGUGUGGGAAUUUAAGCCAUAGGUCCCAUAUCUAAUAGGAAGAGAUCCAUGCCAUGCAUAGGAAUUACUGCAUUUGAUAUAAAACCACACCUCUAUAUGCUCAGUAGCAGAAUAUCACUGCACAUGAUAGGGGCCAUUCACUGUUUUUGCUGCAUGGAUACCGUAAUCCCAAUUAUGAAGAAAUUAAAACUUUGAGUACAGAGACCCAGGUAUUUAUCCUCUCACAGAAAGGCAGCGCUGGAGAGGUAUAACAAAAUGCUUCUAAGCACAGUACCAUGAUGCUGCAUUUAGUAAAUGAGGUGCAGAAUGGAUUGAUUGGGAGGGUAAGUCAGAGGUAGAGCAGCUAUUUUAAGUGCCCUAGUUUCAGCUCUUGGCAUCUUUGUCUGAAACUGCAGAGUUCCUGUCAGUUCAUGAGUAUUCAGUGAUCUGAACUGAUAUAUUGCAAAUUCCUAUGAAUAAUAAAUCCAGAAUAUAUCAGAAGUGUUUAGAUACCAGUUUUACAAAAAGGAUAAAGUAUAUUUACCCUCCAUUAAUAGAGUAAAUGAGAAGUUAUAUGAGGGUAACUUCAUAUGUUCAAUAUAAAAAUGGAGUAAGUAUGUGUGCUCACACGAGUACAUGAAAUGGGAAGACAAUAUUGCUUGCUGACAUUAGGGUACAUAAUUAUCUGUACCAAAGUAAAUACAUUAUUGAAAUAUAUAUGGUUAAAUAUAUGGGUAUGCCUGUAUUAUAGUAGAAAACACUGGUUUAUGCAAUUGCCUCUACUAGACUUAACAUGGAUCAGUAAAUACUGCUCUGUUCUACAGUUUCACCAAAAACUGUAUUAUGGAAUGGAAAAAAUCGAUAAAAGUGCAUGGCCAUUAUUAAAAUAUCACUGAAGGAUAAAGGUGAUCCAUCAUUUUAUCUUAUCUGUUGAAGCUUUUUAAAAAAUCUUAAUUUUCCAUGAAGUUUAUCCUGUUUAUACAUUAUGGUAACUUUAAAAAUAUAACUGAAUUCUGAAAGGUCAUACUGAAUUUAUGAGCACUAUGAAGUUCAUUAUAUUAAAUUUAUAAUAAAAUGCAGAUACGAAUCAUGCUGAAUCAGACUUAAAGCUAAUUUUAGUUCUUAAUGUGAAUUCCCAUUUCUAUUUAGCCAGCUACUUGAUCUUCAAACAAUGAUGCUAUUGUUUUAAACUAUUUUUGGCCUUCUAAAUUUGUAAAUACGAAUAUAAUAACCAAUUUAAGAACAGAAAGUAUUUGUCAAAAAGACAGUUGUCAUGAUAAAGGAAAACUAUAAGAAAUUUGCACAGGGGUGGAAAAUGAGCUGAGGGGUGUCUUCCCUCUUUUGUUUUAGAUUGCAGUACAUGAUGAUGCUUCAGGAACAACUGUGUAUCUCUGUUCAACAUACUAGUGUCACAGAUGAGCAGUGAGUUUAAACAAUUAAGUACAAAAUAUUUGUAUAGAUAAUUUUUUGUAGUUAGAGAUUUUGAAAAACCAAAGUGCUCAAAAAAGAACUGCAACAAUUUAACUGUUAAGAUAUCUACGCAAGUUCUGGCAAACUCUACCAACAAUUGCAAGCUUGGGAUUCCUAAGAACAAUGAGACACUGUUUUAUCAUUUUGUGGGAUCAGCAGCGACAGCUCUUCUGCAGAAUUUUGAAUGCAAAGUGUCCUGUUCAGAUCUGCAUAGGAUACUGACAUAAGUGAAAUGGGGUUGCAGUUAGGUAUCUUAGAUUUUUGCACGUUUGGAAUAAAAAUGUAAAAUGCAGGAAGCUUUUUUGUAACAGUAUUUGUCUGAAAUUCAUUUAAUUUCAAAUCCUGAGUAAUUUUUUGCCUACUCAGAGUCAAAAAUAGUCUACAUCAGCUGUACAUUGUUGUUAUUCUGCUUUGUUUUGUCUUGGUUCAAUUGCGGGAGGAGUUCCCAUAACAAGUCUUGGAAACACUGAGAGGAAACAAAGCAACCCUUAAACUAUCUCAAAAGCUGCUUCCAUCAUGUCUUAUUGAAAUAUUUUUGUUUGUUUCUGAUGUAAACUGCUUUGGAUUAGUUUUUCAAUUAAAGUUCAAUGUGAC